AUGAUCGGACCUGUCCCGUGGUGGAGAUCAGCUGGCAUUGAACAAGCAAGACGAGUCAGUGCCCAAUGGGUUUUUACUUUAAACAUAUUAGUUGAAGGCCAGGGAAACUCCCCAAUAUCUCAAGGCCAGGUAAACUCCCCAAUAUCUCAAGGCCAGGUAAACUCCCCAAUAGCUCAAGGCCAGGCAAACUCCCCAAUAUCUCAAGGCCGGGUAAACUCCCCAAUAUCUCAAGGCCGGGUAAACUCCCCCAAUAUCUCAAGGCCAGGUAAACUCCCCAAUAUCUCAAGGCCGGGUAAACUCCCCAAUAUCUCAAGGCCGGGUAAACUCCCCAAUAUCUCAAGGCCGGGUAAACUCCCCAAUAUCUCAAGGCCAGGUAAACUCCCCAAUAUCUCAAGGCCGGGUAAACUCCCCAAUAUCUCAAGGCCAGGCAAACUCCCCAAUAUAUCAAGGCCAGGUAAACUCCCCAAUAUCUCAAGGCCAGGGAAACUCCCCAAUAUCUCAAGGCCAGGUAAACUCCCCAAUAUCUCAAGGCCAGGGAAACUCCCCAAUAUCUCAAGGUCAGGGAAACUCCCCAAUAUCUCAAGGCCAGGUAAACUCCCCAAUAUCUCAAGGCCAGGUAAACUCCCCAAUAGCUCAAGGCCAGGCAAACUCCCCAAUAUCUCAAGGCCAGGUAAACUCCCCAAUAUCUCAAGGCCAGGGAAACUCCCCAAUAUCUCAAGGCCAGGUAAACUCCCCAAUAUCUCAAGGCCGGGUAAACUCCCCAAUAUCUCAAGGCCAGGUAAACUCCCCAAUAUCUCAAGGCCAGGCAAACUCCCCAAUAUAUCAAGGCCAGGCAAACUCCCCAAUAUCUCAAGGCCGGGUAAACUCCCCAAUAUCUCAAGGCCAGGUAAACUCCCCAAUAUCUCAAGGCCAGGCAAACUCCCCAAUAUCUCAAGGCUUGGUAAUUCCCCAAUAUCUCAAGGCCGGGUAAACUCCCCAAUAUCACAAGGCCAGGCAAACGCCCCAAUAUUCCUUUAUGUGUAA